CAGGAAUCCCACGUGACGUCACUACAGGGUGAUGUAAUGCUUCUCUAAAUAGAACGUAUUGUAAUCUUUUCUCAGUCCAACGUGGUUCCUUCUCUAAGUGUGCCGCUUCUUCUGUACACUUGUUUGGCAGUGGCAGUGAUGAACUCGGAGCAGGAAAGGCCGUUUGUGUGCAGCGCCCCAGGCUGUUCUCAGAGAUUCCCAACAGAGGAUCACCUGAUGAUUCAUCGGCACAAACAUGAGAUGACCCUCAAGUUCCCCUCCAUAAAGAACGACAACAUGCUGUCAGACCAGACACCGACGCCCACACGGUUCCUGAAGAACUGUGAGGAGGUGGGGCUCUUCAGCGAGCUGGACUGCUCCAUCGAGCAGGAGUUCCGCAAAGCGCAGGAGGAGGAGGACAGCAAGCAGAACAUUUCUCUUCAGGGGUCGGCAAGCCAGAACCAGCACCAACCCCACUCCCGUAUGUCCAACCACGACAGCAGCAUCGUGAUCCAGCAGGCCCUGCCCUCGCCCCAGUCCAGCUCCGUCAUCACCCAGGCCCCCUCCACCAACCGACAGAUAGGGCCUGUACCAGGCUCGCUGUCAUCAUUACUGCACCUACGGAACAGACAGAGACAGCCGCUACCUGCCUCGAUGCCAGGCACCCUGCCAGACCCCACCAUGCCCGGCUCUUCUGCCGUGCUGAUGCCUAUGGAGAGACAGAUGUCUAUGGGCUCCACUAUGAUGGGUAUGCAAGGCCCCACCCACAACAGCUCUUGCUCCUCCCCCCAUGUUCCUUCCAUGCACUCAGAGGCUAAACUGAGGCUAAAGGCUGCCCUCACACACCACCCAGGACCUAUCGCCAACGGCAACAUGAACACCAUGGGUCACAUGAUGGAGAUGAUGUCAUCGCGGCAGGAGCAGGCAGGGCACCACCACCUGCACUCGCACCCUCACCAGCACCUACAGGGCCCGCCCCACGGCUACCAGCACCACGCGCACCACCACCACAGCCACAGCCACGCCCAGGCCCACGCUCAGGGUGGGCACCACCACCCGCACGGACACCACCACUCGCACCAGCCACACCUGCACCCCGGCCACAGCCACCAGACCUCUCCACACCCAGCACUGCACUCUGGAGCCCCUUCACAGUUGUCCCCGGCUGCGCAGCAGAUGCAGCCGACGCAGACCCUGCAGCCCCCUCAGCCCAGCGGGGGCCGGCGCAGGCGGGUGGUGGACGAGGACCCAGACGAGCGGAGGCGGAAGUUUCUGGAGAGGAACCGGGCGGCGGCCACGCGCUGCAGACAGAAGAGGAAAGUGUGGGUGAUGUCAUUAGAGAAGAAAGCAGAGGAGCUCACCCAGACAAACAUGCAGCUGCAGAAUGAGGUGACCAUGCUGAAGAACGAGGUGACACAGCUCAAACAGCUCCUGUUGACACACAAGGACUGUCCCAUCACAGCCAUGCAGAAAGAGUCCCAGGGUUACCUCAGUCCGGAGAGUAGCCCAGCCGGAAGCCCCACCCCCGUAUGCUCCCAGCAGCAAGUCAUCCAACACAACACCAUCACCACGUCCACCACGGCAGUAGGGGGCAGCGCUGUGCACGGCCAGCUCAACCACCGUACAGACAUCAACCCCAUCCACUAGAGACUGCGGCCCAACACGGCACCCCUGCUGUGUCCUCAUUCAGGAGCCUAUACAGAGAAACCUCUGAUGCCUGGAGUGCAACUCUUUUUACAGUAUGUAUUUUUAUAGACUCAUUUAACUCAUCUAUGUUCUUCAGUUUACCUGUUUGUCACGUUUGUUGUGAUUUCAUAGAAAAAGGGAGAUUUGCAAUUCAUGCAUUAAACAUUUAACUGGGAUUUUUUAAUACUCCCUAUUUGUGGUACAAACUCAAGGGACCACUUUUGUCAGAAAUGCGAAUGCCACCCCUGACCAUCAAACCCAAACGCACUUGGUGACCGUUCAGGCAGUGUUCAGGCCUCAGGCAACACGUCUGUACUUCCUCUUCUGUGCUUCCUGGACACCUGCAGCUACUGCCCUCCAUCAGUAUUAAUUCACGCUUCAGGAAUCGCACUACAGCCGUGAAAUAUAACAGCUCUGCCAUAGAGAUAUUAAUUACAGUGUUUAAAGAAGAGAGAAACUGCAAUGUUCUUUUCAUACAUACGUCUUUCAGUGCAUUUCCCUCGUGGAUAAAAUGCAAAUGUAUGCAAUGACUGGGGGGCUGAGAUUAAAUCAAAAUCUCUUUUCAUAACAAAUCCACCACUGAUACCACAAAACCUAUACAAGUUUAGCAGAAUAAGUCUAUAUGGAAGUUAUAAUGAAGCAUGUUCCACAGCCCUGGUUAUACCCCCAACAUUGUUAGCAUGUAGAGCAAUAUAUGGUCUCACUAUGACAGGAAUGUUCCACUUUCUCUCAGCUUGGGACAUGUACAGCCUGUGUCUAGCAGCCAGCAUGAUGUCUGACUUUGCAUUCAUUAUGGACCAACAUGAUCGCUAAAACAAAACUGUCUGCAUGUGGUGUUAAACGAGUCAUACAGACUUGUAAAUAUUGUGCUCAUUUUUUUCCAGGGCAACUUCAGUAGCUUACUGUACACCUUAACAUACAUUGCACAUUAGCUGAAAUGCAUCACUCACAUACAGGUUUUCGGGGGGAAAAUGUAGGGAUUUUUGACUGAAUAUUCUUGGUGAUUACAUUGUCAUUUUGCGGCUGAUCCUGAUGAUCUCAACUGACUAAAGCUGAAUUUAUAAGUGCUACGUCACCGCGUGGUGAUUCAUGACUUUGGCUCUUGGCCUAAUGUAGAAAGAUUGUGCUUAUCUGUACAUAUUUCACCUUCCUAGAUACCGAUGCCAUGAAGGCACUGUACUAAACAUGGCACAUUACUCAUUUUCUCUUCUUUUUUAGUUUUCUCAAAAGAUACUUAUAUUCUUACCUCAUCACCUGUGCCCUGCCAUCUCUCUGAAUAUUGAGCAGAUGUAAUGAUUAUGCAACCAUCAACCAUCAAAGCCACUGAAGUGUGUCAAAAUCUGUUGUGAACGAUCACUUAAUCAGAUCGUAAAUGAUUGUAAAAUGUUUUAGCAAAAGUCCACACUUUUCUGUUCCCGUACAUGCAUAAACACAGUGACAUUUAUAUUAAUGCUCUUUAGAUUUGAUUUUUUAAUAGUUUUAAAUAUUCAGAAGCAAGUCAGGUUAAGUACCUUGCUUAGGGUACAGUGGUAUUACCACACGUAGGAUCCAAACAACAACCUUCUGGUCUUGAGCGCAGGUUGUUGGAUUAGACAGCGCAAUCAACACCAAAUGAAUGCAACAUUCCAAAGUCUCACCCAGUAUUGCCUUCAGUAUUCUCUAUAAGAUGUCAUUUAUGCAGAGAACCAGAAAACAGAACGCCCACAAUUGCCAGCUUCAAGCAGGUAAGAUUGUGCACUGAACCCUAUGGGUUAUGUGGUGGAUCGACAACAAAGAAAUAAUUGUUUCUCCUCCACAAAUUAUAAUUGUGUCAGUCUGUCUUGUGUUGGCAAAGGAAAAGUGUUCAUUAAAAAUAGUUUCUGUCUUGAAUAAUGUACUUAGUAUUUAUGGCAAGUAUUGAUAUCUGCAGUUCCAGACUCUGCUUUUCAAAUAUCACAAUGUGCCUGAAUUAUUUGCAGUGUUUGCUUUCUUGCAGUUAAGUACAGGGGAUGUCUGAAGUGAAAUCAUUUCUGGAUUAAUAAUUGAAUCAUUAACAAACUUUCCUCACUGACUGAUAACUGAUUAAUGUUGAUUUUACCAGUGUUACUUCCUAUUACAUCUUUUUGUGAAGGGUACUGUGCCGCAGGAUUGGCAUCUGUUUCCUGGGCUUGAUUUUGUCUAGGGAUGCAUUUGUGUUUUGAAGGAUGAAUUUCAGGCUAAUGUGGACCUUAUUUUAGAUCCACUCUUAGAAACAGGAUAAUUUUCUCACUAUUCUUUAGAAUCAGGGGAACCCAUAAUUCACUAAAAGGUUUAAAUGACUUGGUGCAAGGCUUGAUCAGAGUCUGGGUCCUGGGUGGCCGCAUUGUCUGGUAGGCACUAAACCACCUUACUCAUCUAAUCACUGUCUUCACUGAAGCAAUUUUAACUUCCUUCCUCAGUUUGAUAAGCUUCAGUGGUUUAGCCUUACAGAAGAGCUAAAUUCUGUCGAGAUCUUCCAAGUUUGCUUUGUCAUCAGCCCUGAGAAGAUCCUUCAAACACAAACUCCCUCUUUUACUCCCGAAGCAGUCCAUAGUUUUCUGUAAAUGACUGUAAAUGUAAAUGAGGGCUGACAUCUCUAAAGCUAAACAUUUCUUCAUCAUUGUAAAACCAGCAUACUUGUAUUAGCAACCUGCAACAUUGCUGCAGCAUUGAACUGAAAAUCCAUUGGACCUGCCCAAUCUUGCGUUUGGAUCUGUCUGGCAAUAAUCUAAACGUGUAAACCCUAUGUACAGUAGAUCUCUAUGCACUUUGUCCUUAGGGACAUCAGAGAGAACAGCCAUAUUAAAGUCUCAGUGAUAUUCUGGAGUGACGUUCAGUCUAUUCACUGCAAUGGUACUCUAUUCUUAACAUUGAAUUUAAGCAAGUAUGAUUUUUAUUUUAAUUCACACCUAAUGUUUGUCAUUAAUUGUAAUUUGUAAUGACCACCAACUUCAUUAUAAUGUAAUGAAUAGUAAUGUCAUACUUGAACUCAAUACUUAGGACUAAACACCAUUGCAGUUAGAUUGAAUGUCUCUGUCCAUACACCAGCGGGAGACAUGCUCAUUCUGUAUAGACUUGGAAAUUAAGCUUAUGUGUGUCUAAUGUGUCACAUUUGACAGGUCCAGGAGUAUGUGUGUGUGUGUGUGUGUGUGUGUGUGUGUGUGUGUGUGUGUGUGUGUGUACGAUUGAAAUGGAGAGAAAAGCCUGGAUCUGAUCACAGAUCUCAGCCUUACUUCUAGAGCUUUGUGGACUGACCAAGGUGCCCUUAUGCUUUAAUGUUACACGUUGGUGUUCUCUAUAUGGUGUCUUUCAUAAGUCCUCCUACUGUACGAUGUAGCAGAGUGAUGUUUUUCUUAAUACAGCCAUGGAUAACCAGUUUGCACAUUGUGAAUAAUACUUGUGCUAAUCGUGGACUGGAAUAGCUUUCUCUGUCAUCUUUUCUGUGUGGUGAACAAUGCUGGUGGGUUUGAAUUGUCCAGUUUGGCAGUCAUUAAAGGGAAUUAUUCCCACUGGGAUUGACCUGGCAGGAAUUGCUAGUUCAACCAGAAAAGUACGUUUUGAAUCUAAUUUUAUAAUUUUAUCAUAUAUUCUAAGUGAUGAGGCUUCGGGGGUUAUUUUCAGUCUUGUUCUAAUAUCAUCAUAAGACAAACAGGAACAUAGCCAGCUACUUCUCAUCCUCCUCAACUGGAAAGUGAUUUUAACAUAGGAUUUACAAGUAAUAUGUUUAUCUGUGCUUUUUUAUUUUGCUAUUGGAGAUGGGCUAAAUGUGCAAGAUGGACAAGAAAAUUGUGUCCUGUGUCUAUUCUAUAAUCAGACCAGGCAGGCAUGAGGUGCGUGUGUGUGCGUGCGUGUGCUUGUGUGUGUGUGUGUAUGUUUGAGUUGGGAGACAAUGCAUCUACAUACGUAAAUAAAAGUAUAACUGUAUCAUUUUAAAUAUAAACUUAUAAAUAUAAACCUAUAAAUACUGUAUAGAAUCUCAUAAUUUUGUAAUCUUGUACAUGUAAUGUAACCACCUUUCUUUCUGGAAGGAGUCAAUGUUUGGUACAUGUUUGUAAAUAAUGUUUGCAUAGCAGUUGUUACUUUCAAAUGUAUGUUAUGUCAAGAAUCAUUUCUGCUAUUAGGACAUGUUUAUUGUUAAAUAUGCAUAAUGAAUUAAUGAAUUCAUACUUGUCUGCAUAACCUUGUACAUUUAAAAGAAAUGUUUAAUGCCUUGAACUGUUUCUGUUGUUUUGUGUUUUUUUGCAUUUGUACAGAUGUAAAAUAUCACUGAAGCUGCAGUACAGUAUGAAAAUAAAGCACUUGUUCUAUAACACGG